ACAACGGGGAGCAUCUUCCAAAAUGGCUGCCACAUCUCAGCGCUUGUCUUUCAAGCUGCUGUUCGCGUUGUUGUUUCUGCUUCUGGCGCUUUUCCUUCAGCCCGGAGGAGGACAGAAGAAGAAGGAGAACAUGCUGGUGGAGAAGGUGGAGCAGAUGAUGGAGUGGAGUUCUCGUCGCUCGGUGAUCAGGAUGAACGGAGAAAAGUUUCGCCGAUUUGUUAAAUCGCCACCGAGGAACUACUCCGUCAUCGUCAUGUUCACGGCUCUACAGCCUCAGAGACAGUGUUCUGUCUGCAGACAGGCGAAUGAGGAGUAUCAGGUGUUGGCGAACUCGUGGCGUUACUCUUCUGCCUUCUCCAACAGACUGUUCUUUACUGUAGUCGACUAUGACGAAGGUGCCGAUGUCUUUCAGCAGUUGAAUAUGAACUCCGCUCCGACCUUCAUGCACUUUCCAGCUAAAGGGAAGCCAAAGCGAGCCGACACGUUCGACCUGCAGAGGAUCGGCUUCGCUUCCGAGCAGCUGGCAAAGUGGAUCCAUGACCGUACUGAUGUUCAGAUCCGCGUGUUCCGGCCGCCGAACUACUCAGGCACUAUCGCUCUGGCUCUGCUGGUGUCUCUGGUUGGAGGUCUUCUCUAUCUGCGCAGGAACAACCUGGAGUUUAUCUACAACAAAACGGGCUGGGCCAUGGCUGCGCUGUGUGUGGUGUUUGCUAUGACCUCUGGCCAGAUGUGGAAUCACAUCCGAGGUCCACCGUAUGCCCACAAAAACCCCCAGAAUGGCCAAGUGUUCAGCAUUCAACCCGAUCAUUCCUCAGCCCCUGAUGGAGAAGCUGAGUCUACUGGGCCUGAACACCUCUCUCUGCAACUGGAUCCUGGAUUUCCUGACUGGGAGACCUCAGUCAGUCCGGAUCGGGAACAGCAUCUCCAGCACUACCACACUGAGCACUGGAGCUCCUCAGGGCUGUGUGCUCAGUCCACUGCUGGUCACUCUGCUGACUCACGACUGUGCAGCAAUGCACAGCUCCAACCACAUCAUCAAGUUUGCCGAUGACACGACCGUGGUGGGUCUCAUCAUUAAGAACGAGUCAGCAUAUAGAGAGGAGGUGCUACAACUAGCAGCCUGGUAUAAAGUCAAUAACCUGUCUCUGAACGUUGACAAGACUAAAGAGAUGGUUGUUGACUUCAGGAGAGCACAGAGUGACCAUUCUCCACUGUACAUCGAUGGGUCCAUCAUGGAGAUCGUCAAGAGCACCAAAUUCCUUGGUGUUCACCUGGCGGAGGACCUCACCUGGUCACUCAACACCAGCUCCAUCACCAGGAAAGCCCAGCAGCGUCUCUACUUCCUGCGAAGGCUGAGGAAGGCUCAUCUUCCACCUCCCAUCCUGACCACCUUCUACAGAGGGACCAUGGAGAGCAUCCUGAGCAGCUGCAUCACUGCCUGGUUUGGGAACUGCACCGUCUCAGAUCACAAGACCCUUCAGUGGAUAGUCAGGACAGCUGAGAAGAUCAUCGGAGUCUCUCUCCCCUCUCUCACAGACAUUUAUACCGCACGCUGCAUCCGCAAAGCUAACAGCAUUGUGGAUGAUCCCACACACCCCUCACACACACUCUUACACACCCCACACACCCCUCACACACACCCUUACACACCCCUCACACACACCCUUACACACCCCACACACCCCUCACACACACUCUUCACCCUUCUGCCAUCCGGUAAGAGGUACCGAAGUAUUCGGACCUGCACAACCAGACAGUUUCUUCCUCAGGCAAUCAGGCAUUUCAACAGAGAACUGAGCUGAGCUGGACACACACACACGUACAACCAAGAUCUGAUCUCAGAGGAGAACUGAACUGUGCUGGACACGGACACACACAUACAUAACACACACACACAAAAAAAAAAACUGAACUGUGCUGGACAUAGUCAAACACACGCACACACACACACACUAAAUUGUCCUGUUUGCACACGUCACUUUACAUUUAUAUAUAUUUAUAUUAAUCCUGUUUACACGUGUCACUUUAAUAUCUACACUCACUGUAUACACUGUUCUUUGCAUAUUGCCUUGUUCAUUGCACAAAGUCGGCCUAUAUGUUGUUUGUCUGCACUGGCAUGUGUUGUCUUGUCCUGUCUUGUCUUCCUGUGCACUUCUGUUGUAUGUCUACUUAAAGACUGCACCUUACGU